AUGUCCUACUAUCAGCAAGAUCUGUCCCUUCAAAACAUACAAAAUUACAACAACUACACCAACUAUAAUGUUUACAGUAACAACAACAACAACAACAACAAUAAUAAUAAUAAUAAUUAUAACAACCACUCCCACUCCCAUCACUCAAACUCUCCCUCAAAAAGAGUAAGAAGAGAAGUAAGAUUCGGUGACUACACCCUAGGUCAAACCAUAGGCUCUGGCGAGUUUGGCAAAGUCAAACUAGGCUGGAAAAGAAACAGCACAAACUGCCCUCAAGUCGCCAUCAAACUCAUAAAAAAGGAUUCAAUUCCCACCGGCUCUGAAAGAGAAUCAAAAGUCCACAGAGAAAUUAACGCCCUCUCCAAACUAAACCACCCCAACAUUGUCAAUCUUGUUGAAGUCCUCCAAAACGACAAAUACAUAGGCAUCGUCCUCGAGUAUGCCCCCAAUGGCGAGCUCUUCGAAUACAUCCUCAACAAAAGAUACCUCAAGGACAACGAAGCCUGCAUCCUCUUCUCCCAACUCAUCUCCGGCGUCGACUACAUGCACUCAAAGGGCAUCGUCCACAGAGAUCUCAAACUAGAAAACAUCCUUCUCGACAACAAAAAAAACAUCAUAAUAACUGAUUUCGGCUUCGUCAACAGCUUCACCCCAGAUACUGAAUCCGAACUCAUGAAAACAUCUUGUGGCUCCCCCUGCUACGCUGCUCCAGAACUUGUCCUCAACAAUACUGCCUACAACGCUAGAAAGGCUGAUAUAUGGUCCUGUGGUGUCAUCCUCUUUGCCAUGCUCUGUGGCUACCUUCCCUUUGACGACGACGAGGAAAACGUCAACAGCGAAAACAUCAAAAGACUCUACUGGUACAUUUCAACAACAAAACUAAUCUUCCCAGACUACGUCAAUCCUUCCCCA